UCCUAAUUUGUGCCCUCUAUUUAAACAAGUAUUCUUACACUUGAGAGGAGGAAUUAAAACACUUAGUAAAAUGUGAGCAAUGACAGGGAAAAGAUAUGGAAAAAGUAAGCUUAAAUUCUAAGGGACCGUAUUCAGCAGGGUCCAAAACCUGCCUGGUCCUGUUGAAUGUACAGAGUACCCCGAGGGACUGUAUCUACACUUGUAAAUCAGUGUUCCUUGCAGAGGAAGGAACUUAGCGUGGCUCAUUGUGCCAGGGAAGAGACUUCUUUGUCUUUCCAGACCUUGAGAGUGCAUUUGUGUGCAAUUAAUGUCUGCUCACACAGGCCAUGCAAAGAAAUUGUUUAGUCCAGUAGUUGAUUAAAUUGCCUGAAAUACUUCAAGAUGUCAUCCAAGGGGACAAGUGUUUGUUGCAAGUCCAAUGUCCAAAAUACAUUACUCCUGGGCUUGGAGAACCUGCCAUGUCCCUCUGCUGUCCCUGUCCUGCUGUGGGUGACAGUGUGGAAGUCACACCUUGGUAGUCUCACUGAUGUGCAGUGGUUUGCCCUGGAGACUAACUAACCUAUCUGUUCUGUCAAGGUGUUGCACCGCAGGAAGGAGAUGCUGCGCAAAGGCAUGAGUUCGUCAGAAACUUCCAACACAAAGUCGGAACAACUUCAUCUCCUGGAAACCACGUCCCCCUUCUGCUGGGUGACCCCAGAAGAAAUGUCCAGACUUUUGAAGAUAUGUUUCUUAUUGAUAGCAAUGAAUCAUGCUGAGAUUACACACAGUCAGAACACUGAAGAUUUGCCUCCAUUAUUACACAAAGCUGUGGAGGAAAUAAUAACUGGGAAGUAUCUGAAUGCCCUCCUUGAUAUACUUCAUUUUCAGAGUUCUGAUGUCUGGACAGCAGAUAUACUUACAAAAGUCAUGGCAUAUUUUCAUGCCCAGGAAGUUUCACUGACUCUUAGCAGCCUACAGAUAUCCAUACAAAAUUACCUGAAGAACCUUUUAUACCAGCCUAGGCAACUACUGUCUGAAUUUCAACAGCUUGAUCAGCAGCAGUUCCAAACUGCAAUGAAGUAUCUCUUCAACAGCAGAAAGGACCAUCUUGAAAUGGGAAGUAUUGUCUUUGACUGGGAUAAGACUAGAGAGAGAAUUUUUCAAAGCCCAGGGGUAAACAGGACCUUGUUCCUUGUAACACUGGAUAAAUGCUUUCUGGCUCUGAGUGCUUUGGACUGUGUGGAUAUCCUAAGCCAGGUUUUGCGUAUGUCAGCAGUGAACUAUCUCCAACCUGAGGUCGUUGAGAGCCUCCCAAACAUUCUGCAGGAGGAUGCUUUCAGAAACUUAUCAACAGUAUUCAAAGACCUCUAUGACAAAACCUCAGCAAAUACACAGAGAGCUCUGUAUGGCUGGAUGAAGCAGAUUCUACAAAAAUCCUACAAUAUGAGUGAGUUCAAUGAAUCCACUGUGUGGGUCAGUGCAGACAUUUUGUGGAUUUUGGGAAGGUACAUGGUCCAUCUCCCCUUAGAAGAAAUUCUGAAAAUUAGUCUCAAUGAAAUAAAACUAUUCAUUAGCUACGACAAUGCAACAAAGCAGUUGGACACAGUGUAUGAUAUCACACCAGAGCUUGCACAAGCUUUCCUGGAAAGAAUAAACUCAUCAGGAUUUGAUAUGAGAAACACAUCAACUAUCUACAGGCUAGGUUUAUUGGUUUGCUUUUAUGAUGACAUGGAAAAGAUGGAUGCUGAUGUGGCCCGGGCUUUACUUCAUCAAAUGAUUAAGUGCAAUCAACUGAGAGGUUUCCAGGCUGAGGUUCAGAAGCUUAAAUAUCAACUCCUGAACAUUGCCACGCACAACCAGACGUUGAAUGAUAUCCUUGGAUCUCUGUCAGAUGCUGUGGUUGGACUGACUUCAAGUCAGCUGGAAUCCUUGUCACCUGAAGCAGUGCAUAAUGCUAUUGCAACAUUAAACCAAGUCUCUGGGUGGGCAAGAAGCCAAGUUAUGAUUUUAUCCAGUAAAUACCUCUCCUAUGAAAAGGUUUUAUCAUUUUACAAUGUUAGUCAAAUGGGUGCAUUGGUGACUGGCAUUAGCACCUGGUCAUUCUACAGCAUGAACCCAAAGGAGCUUUCUCAGAUUAUUCGAGGCACAACAUCCCAAUACUUGUCUGACCUGUUGCCUGCACAGCAGCAAGGGAUCCUCAGGAAGAUAGCUGCAUCUGGAGAUUUUUCUGCAUCAGUCAAAGAAAUACAAGGAGCUUUUUUUAAAGAAAUAUCUCUUUCUGAUUUAUGGAAGCAGACUGGAUAUAACUCCUCCAUGAUGAAAGAAAAAGAACUGAGGAGAAGCCAGGCUUUGUAUCUGUAUGAAUUACUGUCUAAGAAAAACUCUCCUGUUGACCUUCUCAGCACGGGACAGCUCGUGAAAGGAGUAACAUGUCAACUCAUUGAAAGCAUGGACACAGACUUUUUUUUAAGCAAUUUUAAGUUCUUUGAAAACAAUCUUCAUCUGCUUUCUCCAUAUCAGGUGAAUUGUUUGGCUUGGAAGUUUUGGGAAGUCUCCAAUGCAUCUAUACCUCCCUUCCUCUUGUUAGUGCUUCCGGUUGAGUACCUGGAGUAUGUUUCUGGCCCUUUGUGUGUCCCUUUCAUUGCAAGUCUGGGGAAGACUGAACUGGGCCUUUUGAAUCCAAGCCUUCACAAACAGAAUAUUGUCCUGCAAAAGGUACAGGAGUGCUUGAAUGGGUCCAUUGCUGAUGAAUAUGAUGUUGACCUCCUUGGAAAUCUAAUCUGCCACUUACCUCCAGCCUUGCUACAUGGCAGAAUGUCCCUGAGGGCCAUGGCAACAGCCCUUCAUCAAUUCAAACUCUGCCGACAGCUCAGCCACGAGCAGAAGACUGAAAUUAAACACAAACUCCUCGAGUUAUAUGGCUCCCCAAGCAACUGGACAGCUGAAACAACAUUAGAUGUUGGACCAUUCAUAGCUCUGUUGUCAAAAGGGGAAUUAAAUAUCCUUGCUGAAAAGUUCCCCAAUAUCAUUUUACAAAUAGCAAAGAUGACUGGACCAAUUUCUUCAGCCGAAGAGCUUCUCUCAACAGUAUUUGAAUCUGUCUCCAAUGCCACUGCCAACAUCGAAUCAUCUCUCACCAGACCUGAUUGCCUGGGAACCAGAGCUCCUUCUUCAGAUGAAAUUAUUAAAUUAGCAGAAGCAAAUGUCUUUUGGUCAGUUCAGGAACUGAAAUGCAUGGAUGCAGGGACUUUUGACAAAAAUGUGGAACUUCUUGGGACUGUCUCAGGUUUUAACAGCUCCCAGCUUAUAGCUUUGAAGGAAAAAGCCAAGCAGGUUUGGGGAUUGCUGCCAGACUGGAAGAGUUAUCAUAUUGUUUCUCUGGGCCGCAUUGCUCUGGCACUCACUGAACAUGAAAUUGAAGAGCUGGAUUUGCAUUCUGUUGACACCAUUUCUGUACUUAGUCAGCAAACAGAAUGGACUCUUACCCAGGCACGAUCUAUUUUGCAAGGUUUUCUAGAAGACUCUGGGCAGACAAUCACUAUGCUGAAAAGCUUUGAUUUACUUGGAUUAGGAGCUAUUCUCUGUGCUUUGAACUCCACAGAAAUCAUGUCCAUAAGAACUGCUGAAUUCAGUGCUGCUGUUGCAAGGAUUGGCCUGUUGUUUUGUAGCACCCCUGUUCUGAGGCAGUUUAAGAAGCUAACAGAAUCUGUGUUUGGUUCUGCUACCAGCUGGAACAGCUCUGUUUUACAGGAGAUUGGUGCUAUAGCAGGUGGUUUGAAUGAGGAUGAAUUAAAAGCUUUUGAUCAAAAUUUGAUGCCCUAUUUCCAGCCAAUAGCAAUACGACGUAUACCUCCUGAAAUUUUCCAAGCAUUGUCCCCAGAACAAAUAGCAAACUUGGGUCCUGAAAAUGCCGCCACGGUGACCAGGUCACAGCGUGAGCAGCUGGAUGCGUUGCAGCUCCAGAGCCUGCAGCUGGCGCUGGACGGAGCCAGGAGCACCCCAGGGACACCGAGCAGUGCGAGCACCGCCCAGGCAGGGCACACCCCAGCUCCCAGUGGUGCUCCCUGUUCGAGUGGCUUUGGCAUCUGGUUGUGUGCUGUGUUUACACUGCAUUUGUCUUUCUGAAACCAUGAUUGCUCAGCUUGAGUGUCCAGGAGCUUACAAAGGAAAUGCUAGAGAUAAAUAGUUGCAGCUCAGCAUAAGCAGUAGAAUCAAGAGGCUCUGAGAUGUCUGAAAGUAAAGCGGUCUAUUUCUUAAAAGGAACACCUUUAUCUGUCAUCAUGAUGUGAAGUAUCCCCUUUCCCUACCUCUACCAUUAACAAGUAACACAAGAUCACUCCAAAUGCUUCAAACAAAUGUCAAAGCUGCAAAUGCCUUACCUGUCUCAUGAGAGAAUCACUGAAAGAUAUUUUAGGGAGUAGCCUGAAUGACCCAGGGGACAGGUAGCAGGUGACCAUUAUUUGGAGGCUGAUGUAUUGUGUCCUGUGCUUUUUACAUUGUCUAACUUCUCAUAUUUAUUUAAUUUAGUUACACUGUUUUAUCCAUCUGUUGGGUUUUCUGCUUGUACUUUGAGUGUACAUUCCUCCAGACAGAGGCUGUUCUGUGUGAAACAGUAGAAAUCGUACUAAAAGUAACUGCUGUUGCAAUAAAAUAACUUAAUCUCCCGGCUGCUGGAUUAAAUCCUGCUUAGGUAAGAAGUGAUGACAUGUUCUUAUAAUUUAAGCACCUGUACAACAUGUAGUUCCCUUUGGCUGUAUGUAUUCAACACAGAACUGUGGACACAGAAGGCAUUGGCAAUACUAUUAGUAUCUUGUGCAACAAAAUGCACCAUGGAAACCUGCUGAUGCCCAUUAGCAGAUAGUCCCUUCACUUCAGGCUGGGCUGAAGCUUACACAGGGGAAACUGUUCACUAUGUCUAGGUACCACUAGGACUGUCAAUCCAGUACUUUCCACAAGCUCUGUGAUAACUGAUUUUUCAUAAUUACAAACCACUAAUAUUUUCAUGUGUUUUAUCAACAUAUGGCUUAUGUCUCUAAUGUUUUUCAUGCCACACCUCAGUAUUUUAAGUAAUGGGAAAAUAUAUUAAAAACCCUCCUCGUGUGAACACACAUUUUGAUAUUGUUCAACAUGAUUUUAUGCUAAAAACACAUGGCACAGUUUUUCAUUUUGCCAUUGCAAAAGUCUUUUAUCUUUUUGAGACUGAAAAAAAGUGAGUAGACUUAGAAGUUCAGCUUUUUCAUUUAGGGCUGUACUGUAGUAAAUGCCUUUUAAACUUCUGUUUGUAUUCUUUGUGGCAAACAUUGCAUCCAGCUUCUCAGCACUGAGAGCAGAAUGGAAACGGUGCUACAGGUGGGAAGGAAAGCAAUGGGAGUGGGGCUGAGGGGAAGAGGCUUGCAGCUGCUGGGCAAGGGUGUGUUACCUGUUACUGCUGUUGGAAAUAACAGCUCCCACCUCAGUCCCAUAGAUUCUGUAAUUAUUGCAGCAAUAGGAGCCAACCUGAUUUGUUGGAGCCAGCCUUCGUUCUGGCAGAGCAGGCAGUGGGAGCAUCACCAUUUUUCACCCCCUCCUGCACCCUCUCCCCCUUGAGCAAUCUGCUGCUCUAGGAACUGCCUUUGCCUACAGCUAACCCUGGCAAGUGUGACCUGCUGCUACAGAUAAUAUGAUGGCUUUACUUUUGCAUUUCAUGCGCAAAAAACUGCUGUUGCUGCAAGCUGCCUUGCACCUUUCUCUAAUGAUAAGAUUCCAGCUUUUUCCCGCUGUGUUUCCUUUCCCACAUGUGAACAGUCAGUUGUGGCAUUUACUUAAAUAGGAAAUAAAAGGGGUUUAUCAAUCCCAGCAAAUACAUGCUAAUGCCCACUAAAACAAAAAAAUGCUUCAAUGGAUCUUUCUAAAGAUUUAUCUGCUUUUUUCACAAUUAGAAGUCCUGCCUCAUUGAGAUGUGGUUUGAUUUCUAGAAAUUGCCUGACUUGAAUGCUGUGUGCACUUCAGUGAAGGUGCAGGAGAAUAUUUUCAUAGUCAAGCUUUUCCAGUUCAGCUCUGUAAGUCAGAUACGUGAUUUAGCCAUUCCAAGCACUUCAAAAAUCUAUAUGAGCUGAAAGUUACCAUCUUCUGUCAAUGUACCUGGGAGUGAUUCCAUCUGCAAUUAUGUGAGUCAGAGUUUAGCUUUUAAUUGGAGCAGGACUGUGCUCCUUGUUUUGUGCCAUCUGUGCUGUAAUUUCUUUCAAGCACAAGUGCUUUUAAAUAGCGGCACUCCUUGAUAAUUUCUUUAUUUUAUUAAAUUAAUAAUUAUGUUAAUAACCUUGGGAUUCCAUUUACAUUUGGUCAAAGACAUAUCUUGUUUCUUGCAAGAGCAGUGUAGCAGGGGUAAAUCUGGAGCACCCACUUAAUGUUGUACUUAUUUCAUGGUGAGAUUACAAAUCCUGUUUGGUCCGUAAGAUGGUGUGAACAUCUUGAGUGGUCAAUAUUGUAGAAAAGCAAUUUUACUUUUGCCAAUCUACCUCUUGUAAAGGUCACUGAUGGAAAAACCCAUUCUGCAAAAGCUGUGAUUCAUGAGAUACCUCCCUCAAAACUGUUGAAACUGAAUUUCUGUGGGAAGAAUAGAUGGAAUGAGAGAAAGCAGUGGAGACCUCUAGUAUGUGUGGUAUGUAAUCUGCUCUUCAUUCACAGUCUGGCACACUUCAUUGCUAAGAGGAAGCUGAAACAUGUGCACUUUCCUUUUUACUCUGUGAAACAAGCCACAGAACCCCUCAGUGCAGGCAUCCAUGCCAUCAGGUACUGCCAUAAGGAUCUGUCCCCUGUGCAUGUGUAUGUUACAGACAACAUGCACAGGAUCCCUUUCACUAGAAUGCAUUCAUGGGAAAAAUGUCUCACAGUUCCUCUCUUGGUCACACCAGGAGGAUUUUAGGGAAGAUUAUACUACACAGAAAUGUUGUAUAGAUUUCUUUGAUCCUUAAAGAAAUGUUGGUUGUUUUAGAUGUGGGUAACAUUUAUUUAAACCAAACCUCUUUUUUCCUGUAUCUUUUUAGUUCUAGCAUUUAUAUUUGAGA